CGUCCAUAUAGAUAGCGGCCCCUCCCAACAAAAUUGACUUGAAUUUGAAAUUUGACUCGGCAGUCCGCACCGGAUUCCUUCCGUUGCGGACGGACGGUUGGUUUUUGCUUUUCAUGCGCCUCCACUUCCCACCCAAACCACCACCACGCCCGCACGCCGCCACCUCGGCUCGACGGCUCGGCGCCGGACACUUUCCCCGCCGCGGCGCCGCCCAUGGCGACCCCGUCGUCCCACGGCAUCCCCCUCCGCGCGCUCCUCCUCGUGCUGCCCCUGCUCUCCAUCCUCAUCGUCUUCCAGCUCCUCCACCGCCCGGCUCCCCUGCCCCCACCGCUCCUCCGGACGCACGCCGACGCGGCGGCGUCGCACUCACACCGCGCGGAGGAGGAGCCGAGUUCCCCUCCACUCACCUCCAACGUACCGCCGCCCCCGGCGCCGAAGCCGGAGGAAUCAUCAUCGGAGCCGACGUCCCUGCGCCACGUGGUGUUCGGAAUCGCCUCCUCCAAGCGCACGCUGCCGCUCCGGCUCCCCCUGCUCCGCCUCUGGCUGCGCGCCCCCGCGCGCGCCUUCCUCUUCCUCGACGCGCCGGCGCCGCACGCGGACGCGGACGCGCGCGACCUCCCUCCCGGACUCGCCCUCCGCGUCUCCGCCGACGCGUCACGCUUCCCCUACACGCACCCGCGCGGCCUCCCCUCGGCCGUCCGCGUCGCGCGCAUCGCCGGGGAGCUCGUCUCCGCGCUCAAGCAGGAGCGGGAGGAGGAGGAUGUGCGGUGGCUCGUGCUCGCCGACGACGACACCGCCUUCGUGCUCCCGAACCUGGUCCACACGCUGCGCAGGUACGACCACCGCGAGCCCUGGUACCUCGGCGCGCGCUCCGAGUCCGCGGCGCAGAACGCGUGGCACGGCUUCGCCAUGGCUUACGGCGGCGGCGGCAUCGCCGUCAGCUGGCCACUCGCGCGCCGCCUCGCGCGCGUGGUCGACUCCUGCGUCCUCAGGUACCCGCACCUCUACGGCAGCGACGCCAGGAUCUAUGCCUGCCUCGCCGAGCUCGGCGUCGAGCUCACCCACGAGCCAGGCUUCCACCAGAUCGAUCUUCAUGGCGAUAUUUCUGGGCUCCUAAGAGCACAUCCUCUUUCCCCUUUAGUUUCACUGCACCAUCUCGAUCAUGUGUAUCCUCUUUACCCUGGUAUGGAUCGGACCAGAGCAAUGCAACAUUUCUUCCAAGCAGCUGAUACUGAUCCAGCCAGGAUUCUGCAACAAACAGUGUGCUACGACCAAAAAAAUUCUCUUACAGUAUCAGUCUCUUGGGGCUAUUCAGUCCAGGUGUUCAAAGGCAAUGUGCUGCUCCCUGACCUCCUUGCUGUUCAAAAAACCUUUGUACCAUGGAAGAGGGGUCGCAAUGUUACAGAUGUGUAUAUGUUUGACACCAAACAUUACCCUAGAGAUGAGUGCAAAAGAGGAGCUCUUUUCUUCCUGAAAAGCAUUACUUCAGGGGAAGGCAAGACUAAGACAGAAUCCACUUACAAUAGACAGCCACCUAGGAAAUGCCCGCCUGACUUGAUCCCACUGAAGAAUCUGCGUCUGAUAAAGGUCACAUCAGAACGACUGCAGCUGGCUCCUGGGAAGGCCUUAAGACGCCAUUGUUGUGACAUUGCACCUUCUUCAUCUGAUAAUAACAUAGACAUUAACAUCAGAAAAUGUGAAGAUGAUGAGCUCAUCGCGAUGCAUUCAUAGCAGUUCCUUAUUACUGCUAUCGUUGGAGCAGGCCAUCAUUCACAUCAACUCUGCCCUGACACCAAGCCAUGCACUGUGGAUCAUCAUGGAUGAACACCAUACAUUCAUAGUAUAGCCACACAGGAGACAGAGAAAAUGCAGAUACAGAGGCAGUAUAGACAGACACAGAUCAGUUAACAAAAUGCAGAUACAGAUGGGGUAUAGACGGACACGGAUCAGUUUAGCAUUUUUUUAUUUUUUAUUUCCUUUCAGAAAAAAAAACAGAGCUGGGGCAUCAGGAUUUGAGUGUUCCAUAGUCUGACAUGUAAUAACAUCAAGUAGUCGUAUUUACAAGAUAAAGUUCCUUCCAUUUUAUACAGCUUAUUCAAAUCUC